GAAAAUACUUGUUUUGAAAGUCAACAAGAUGUUGUGUUUCAUCAGCAUACCUAUAAUUUUGUUGUUGUGAAUGGUAGAACAUUUGGCACGAUAGGCAAAGUACGAGCUAGUUCAAAAUCUGGCAAACCAAUCACCUACAAGCUGCUUUCAUAUCAUCCUUAUGUGAAGAUUGGCAAAAAUGAUGGUUCGAUUGAAAUAAACUACAAAAAUUCUCCACGAUAUUCUCCCAACCGAAGUCAAGUGACGACAUUUCGAGUUUCUGCAAGUACAGCAUUAAAAAACAAGCAAUGUAGAUCACCUUCCUGUAGAUGUCAAUCAAACACUUGGGUUCGUAUUAUUGCGCUGCGUCUUUAUUAUGGUGACAAAAUUAUUCAAUCACUUCGGAGGAGGUUUUCCUCAUUACUGAAAACUAAUCGCUUAUCACGAAAUAUCUCACCUGAAAGCCUUUAUCAAGUUGUUCGUUGGAUAUCGCCAAAAGUGAAUGCACUUUCCACGAAGAUUUCCUCAGCACAAGCAAGAUUAGACAAUGCAUGUGCUAAAGUCGCUUGGGCAAUCAAGUCUCAUUUCAAAAGACGUUUUCCGUCGGUGGUGGUCAGCGCCUCAGUAAAACAUUUACUCUCCCCAAUGACGAUACGAAAAUUACUCUUUGUAUCCAGAUGUCCAAAAAGAAAAAUUGAUCAUACAUUUUGCAGAAUACAUGCAAAAUAUCGCUCCAUAGAUGGCACGUGUAACAAUAUCAAGAGUCCUCAUUAUGGGUCGUCUUCUAGUGCAUUUACCCGGGUGCUUCCUGCAAAAUAUUACGAUCCUGAUGGCAUGAAAGAUCCUCUGGGAUCCCCUGAUCUACCUAAUGCACCUCUUGUUCCCCAUCCUCUCGAGGUUACGAAACAGUUUGUCAUCAUUCAAAGACACUCGUUACCUGGAAAAGAGAUUCAUUCACACUUUCUUAUGCAGUGGGGACAAUUUUUGGAUCAUGAUUUCACCCUCGCUCCCGAAAGUGAAGGUGCUGACAAAUGUCGUCGGGUAAGUUGCCAUCAAAAAUCAAAAGCAUUUGAACCGCCUUGUUUCCCAAUUCUUCCUCAUAAGUCGUCCAAUUGCCUGCACUUCACGAGGACUGCUGCUGUGUGUGACCCUUAUCAGAUGAAGUUGGGAAGAAGAGAACAAAUGAAUGCAAAUACAGCUUUCAUAGAUGGCUCACAAAUAUAUGGGUCAACUUUAAAAUUAGCAAAUAACUUGAGAGAUUUUUCUCCCAACAGAGGAUUACUAAAAGUACGUCAUUCUUCACACGGUGACAUGAUGCCACUGGAUACUUCAGAAUUAAUGUUUCCGAAUGAUCUGUGCCGAAUGACUGGUGGUUGUUUCUUAGCUGGAGAUACCAGAUCAAGUGAACAAGUGGCAUUGGCUUCAAUUCAUACAUUGUUUGUUAGAGAGCACAACCGUAUCGCAAAGAAAUUGAUUCAAAUUAACCCUCAUUGGACAGGAGACACUAUUUACGAAGAGACAAGAAAGAUUGUUGGGGGAAUCUUACAAAAGAUCACUUUCGAAGAUUACCUGCCUGAAUUAUUUGGUCAUAAUGCUUUACCGCGAUAUUCUGGAUACAAAUACUGGAUUAAUCCUGGGAUUAUUAAUUCAGUGGCGGCGGCUGCAUAUAGAUUUGGACACAGCACCAUUCGACCAUCUUUCGAUAUUCUGGACGAAAAUCAUCGGAAGGUAGGGGCACCGAUACCCCUCAAACACAUGUUUUUCAACAACACUUAUAUCAACAGGCACGGAAUUGAUCAUUUGUUGCUUGGUCUGUGCACGUUUGAAGCAGAAAAGGUCGACCGCAGUUUUUCUGCUGGAAUUAUGAAUCACUUAUUUGAGCGUGAUCACUCACCGGGACUGAACUUGAUUGCUUUGAAUAUUCAGCGAGGGAGAGAUCAUGGUCUGCCUGGAUACAAUGAUUUUAGGAGAUAUUGUGGACUAUCCGACGCCCGAACAUUCAAAGAUACCAUAAAAGAAAUCUCGCCAGAAAACAGGAAGAUUUUUCAGCAACGAAUAGCUGAACGUCCUUUGCCAGGUUCGAUACUUGGUCCCACGUUCACUUGUCUUAUUAAGGAACAGUUUGCUCGUCUUAGAGAUGGAGAUCGCUUCUUUUACCGAAGAGGAAAAGUAUUUACAAGAUCUCAACUUCAAGAAAUAAAAAAGAGUUCGUUAAGUCGUGUACUUUGUGAUAACCUGAAAGGUGGUAAAAAACUGACUGUACAAAAGAAUACGUUCCGUGCAAUCAACAAUGAUGUUCAGCGAUUACCUUGCAGCAGUAUUCCUAAGAUUGACCUCAAUCACUGGAAAGCUAGUGUAUGGCAACUCGAGUUUCAAAAGCGUUAUACUUGGACCGUAACUGAACAAAGAGAAGACACCAACGAAGUUUCGCUUUCAGAUAACGAAAACACGCCAACGAAACGUUUUCCCUUUCGUGUUUCGCGAAAUUAG